GGAAGUGGCCGUGUUGUGACGGAAGGAGAUGCUUUGUGGGAGCCGCCGGCGCUUGAAGAAACGUGGCCCGCAAAGAUGAUUCAAGCGAUUCUGGUGUUCAACAACCACGGGAAGCCGCGGCUGGUCCGCUUCUACCAGCGUUUCCCAGAAGAAAUUCAACAACAGAUUGUUCGAGAGACCUUCCAUCUAGUUCUCAAGCGAGAUGACAACAUUUGUAACUUCUUGGAAGGUGGAAGUUUGAUUGGUGGCUCUGACUACAAACUGAUUUAUCGGCACUAUGCUACACUCUACUUUGUGUUUUGUGUGGAUUCAUCAGAGAGUGAACUUGGAAUCUUGGACCUCAUCCAGGUUUUUGUGGAGACCUUGGAUAAGUGUUUUGAAAAUGUUUGUGAAUUGGAUUUGAUCUUCCAUAUGGAUAAGGUGCACUACAUCCUUCAGGAGGUGGUGAUGGGUGGGAUGGUAUUGGAAACCAACAUGAAUGAAAUUGUGGCUCAGAUUGAAGCUCAAAACAGACUGGAGAAAUCCGAGGGUGGCCUUUCCGCAGCCCCUGCCCGGGCCGUGUCUGCUGUGAAAAACAUCAAUCUGCCAGAGAUUCCUCGCAACAUCAACAUUGGUGAUCUGAACAUCAAAGUCCCCAACCUGUCCCAGUUUGUCUGAGAGUCCACAGCUACUGAACUGCAGUCCUUGAAGCAAGUCAAGCUGGUCCUGCCACAGAGCCCACUCUGAGCCUUAGAAGGGUCAGGCCCUGGGCCCUGACACCUGCAGCCGUGGAGUUGGGGGUGGGAGGGAAUCCUGGGUUCACGACUAGCAUGUACCUGGUUCUCAUAUGUGCCACCUUGCCGGCCUCUGAUACAUGUGGCUGCUGCAGAUGUGGGAGGGGGCCCUGGCUUCCUCCGUGGGGGUCAGUGUGCUCGAGCCACUUGUACCUUUACCUCGCGCCUGUAGCUACUUCCAGGGACUGGGCACUAUACUGGGACCCACCUGCUUCCUAGAACCCACCACUAGGACAUUCCCUGACUAGAGUCUUCAUCCUUAGCACUGCGAGGCUUCUGGGGUCCUAUAGCAUUCACUUGCUGGCAGGGUGCCAUAGCUAGGAAAGGGCUGACACUUCAUAUGAGGAUACGUGGUGAGUGGCAAACAAGGGCAGAGUUUUAUGAGAACUGGAUUUGCCUUCUGGCUCCACUAGGGUUGUCAUGCCCAGAGUUCUUUCGUAUAGGCAAGUUUUCUGGUUACCACCACCUACAGAAUGUUUCCCUCACUGCCACUGCCCUAGCUCGGUUUGCCCAGGACACACUCCAGAUCAUGAACCUGGCGCAUGCCAGGAGGGAGAACACCCCCUUCCCCACGGCUGUUUCUUCAGCACAGCCAUAGGGUCCCUCAUCCACAGGGAGAGGCCCCGUGUCUGUGGAAGGCAAAGCUGACAACAUGUGGAACAUCUCAAAAUUAUGACUCUUUCGAGGUUUAAAAUACAUUCUUCUCACGAGGA